GAGAGUUGUUGUUUCCUCCUCCUCCUCCUCCGCCUCCGCCGCCGUUGCUUGAAUGGUGGAGCCGAGGCUCGGCUCGUGAACACACAGUGACAGCUAUAGGGCAGGCGGCGGCACCAUCCCCGCUUCCCCUCGGCGGCGGGGUGUCCCGCCGGCGGCCCCGAAGUGACCCAUAAACAUGUCUUGUGAGAGGAAAGGCCUCUCGGAGCUGCGAUCGGAGCUCUACUUCCUCAUCGCCCGGUUCCUGGAAGAUGGACCCUGUCAGCAGGCGGCUCAGGUGCUGAUCCGUGAGGUGGCCGAGAAGGAGCUGCUGCCCCGGCGCACCGACUGGACCGGGAAGGAGCAUCCCAGGACCUACCAGAAUCUGGUGAAGUAUUACAGACAUUUAGCACCUGAUCACUUGCUGCAAAUAUGUCAUCGACUAGGACCUCUUCUUGAACAAGAAAUUCCACAAAGCGUUCCUGGAGUACAAACUUUAUUAGGAGCUGGAAGACAGUCCUUGCUACGCACAAAUAAAAGCUGCAAGCAUGUUGUGUGGAAAGGAUCUGCUCUGGCGGCAUUGCAUUGUGGAAGACCACCAGAGUCACCAAUUAACUAUGGUAGCCCACCCAGCAUUGCGGAUACUUUGUUCUCAAGGAAGCUGAAUGGAAAAUACAGGCUUGAGCGACUGGUUCCCACUGCAGUGUAUCAGCACAUGAAGAUGCAUAAAAGAAUUCUUGGACACUUGUCGUCUGUGUACUGUGUAACUUUUGAUCGAACUGGCAGACGGAUAUUUACUGGUUCUGAUGACUGUCUUGUGAAAAUCUGGGCAACAGAUGAUGGGAGAUUAUUAGCUACUCUAAGAGGCCAUGCUGCUGAAAUAUCAGACAUGGCUGUAAACUAUGAGAAUACCAUGAUAGCAGCUGGAAGUUGUGAUAAAAUGAUCCGAGUCUGGUGUCUGCGAACAUGUGCGCCUUUGGCUGUUCUUCAGGGCCACAGUGCAUCUAUAACGUCACUACAGUUCUCACCAUUGUGCAGUGGCUCAAAGAGAUAUCUAUCUUCUACUGGGGCAGAUGGCACUAUUUGUUUUUGGCUGUGGGAUGCUGGAACCCUUAAAAUAAAUCCGAGACCUGCAAAAUUUACAGAGCGCCCUCGGCCUGGAGUUCAAAUGAUCUGUUCUUCUUUUAGUGCUGGUGGAAUGUUUCUGGCCACAGGGAGCACAGAUCAUAUUAUUAGGGUUUAUUUUUUUGGAUCAGGUCAGCCAGAGAAAAUAUCAGAAUUGGAGUUUCAUACUGACAAAGUUGACAGUAUCCAGUUUUCCAACACUAGUAACAGGUUUGUAAGUGGCAGUCGUGAUGGGACAGCACGUAUUUGGCAAUUUAAACGAAGAGAAUGGAAGAGUAUUUUGCUGGAUAUGGCUACUCGUCCAGCAGGCCAAAACCUUCAAGGGAUAGAAGAUAAAAUCACAAAAAUGAAAGUAACUAUGGUAGCAUGGGAUCGGCAUGACAAUACAGUUAUAACUGCAGUUAAUAACAUGACUCUGAAAGUUUGGAAUUCUUACACCGGUCAACUAAUUCAUGUCCUGAUGGGUCAUGAAGAUGAGGUAUUUGUUCUUGAGCCACACCCGUUCGAUCCAAGAGUUCUCUUUUCUGCUGGUCAUGAUGGAAAUGUGAUAGUGUGGGAUCUGGCAAGAGGCGUCAAAAUUCGAUCUUAUUUCAAUAUGAUUGAAGGCCAAGGACAUGGUGCAGUAUUUGACUGCAAAUGCUCUCCUGAUGGUCAGCAUUUUGCAUGCACAGACUCUCAUGGACAUCUUUUAAUUUUUGGCUUUGGCUCCAGUAGCAAAUAUGACAAGAUAGCAGAUCAGAUGUUCUUUCACAGUGAUUACCGGCCCCUUAUCCGUGAUGCCAACAAUUUUGUGUUAGAUGAACAGACGCAGCAAGCACCUCAUCUCAUGCCGCCGCCUUUUUUGGUUGAUGUCGAUGGUAACCCUCAUCCAUCAAGAUACCAGAGAUUAGUUCCUGGUCGUGAAAAUUGCAGGGAGGAGCAGCUCAUCCCCCAGAUGGGGGUAACUUCCUCAGGACUGAACCAAGUUUUAAGUCAGCAAGCAAACCAGGAGAUCAGCCCACUGGACAGUAUGAUUCAAAGACUGCAACAGGAGCAAGACCUGAGACGUUCUGGGGAAGCAGGUAUCAGUAAUACCAGCCGUUUAAGUAGAGGCUCUACAAGUUCUACCUCAGAGGUUCAUUCACCACCUAAUGUAGGACUAAGGCGUAGUGGUCAAAUCGAAGGUGUACGGCAAAUGCAUAGUAAUGCACCAAGAAGUGAAAUAGCCACAGAGCGGGAUCUUGUAGCUUGGAGUCGAAGGGUGGUAGUACCUGAGCUAUCAGCUGGUGUAGCCAGUAGGCAAGAAGAAUGGAGAACUGCAAAGGGAGAAGAAGAAAUAAAGACUUACAGAUCAGAAGAGAAAAGAAAACACUUUACAGUUCCAAAAGAGAAUAAAAUGCCCACUGUCUCAAAGAAUCAUACUCAUGAACAUUUCCUGGACCUUGGAGAAUCCAAAAAGCAGCAAGCAAACCAACACAAUUAUCGUACGAGAUCUGCAUUGGAAGAGACUCCCAGACCUUCAGAAGAGAUAGAAAAUGGCACUAGUUCUUCAGAUGAAGGUGAAGUUGUUGCUGUCAGUGGUGGAACGUCCGAAGAGGAAGAGAGAGCAUGGCACAGUGAUGGCAGUUCUAGUGACUACUCCAGUGAUUAUUCUGACUGGACAGCAGAUGCAGGAAUUAAUCUGCAGCCACCAAAGAAAAUUCCUAAGCAUAAAACCAAGAAAGCAGAAAGCAGUUCAGAUGAAGAAGAAGAAUCUGAAAAACAGAAGCAGAAACAGAUUAAAAAGGAAAGAAAGAAAGUAAAUGAAGAAAAAGAUGGACCAGUAUCACCAAAGAAAAAGAAGCCCAAAGAAAGAAAACAAAAGAGACUGGCUGUGGGAGAACUAACGGAAAAUGGUUUGACGUUAGAAGAAUGGUUACCUUCAACAUGGAUUACAGAUACUCUCCCCCGAAGAUGUCCAUUUGUGCCACAAAUGGGUGAUGAGGUUUAUUAUUUCCGACAAGGACAUGAAGCAUAUGUUGAAAUGGCCCGGAAAAAUAAAAUUUAUAGUAUCAAUCCCAAAAAACAGCCAUGGCAUAAAAUGGAACUACGGGAACAAGAACUGAUGAAAAUAGUCGGCAUAAAGUAUGAAGUGGGAUUGCCUACUCUUUGCUGCCUUAAACUUGCUUUUCUGGAUCCUGAUACUGGUAAACUGACCGGUGGAUCAUUUACCAUGAAGUACCAUGAUAUGCCUGAUGUUAUAGAUUUCCUAGUCUUGAGACAACAAUUUGACGAUGCAAAAUAUAGGCGGUGGAAUAUAGGUGACCGUUUCAGAUCAGUCAUAGAUGAUGCCUGGUGGUUUGGAACAAUUGAAAGCCAGGAACCUCUUCAGCCUGAGUACCCUGAUAGUUUGUUUCAGUGUUACAAUGUUUGCUGGGACAAUGGAGAUACAGAAAAGAUGAGUCCUUGGGAUAUGGAGCUUAUACCUAACAAUGCUGUAUUUCCUGAAGAACUAGGUACCAGUGUUCCUUUAACUGAUGUUGAAUGCAGAUCAUUGAUCUAUAAGCCUCUUGAUGGUGAAUGGGGUUCCAAUCCCAGGGAUGAAGAAUGUGAAAGAAUUGUUACAGGAAUAAACCAGUUAAUGACACUAGAUAUUGCUUCAGCAUUUGUGGCUCCUGUGGAUUUGCAAGCCUAUCCCAUGUAUUGCACUGUAGUGGCAUAUCCAACGGAUUUAAGUACAAUUAAACAAAGACUGGAAAACAGGUUUUACAGGCGGGUUUCUUCCUUAAUGUGGGAAGUUCGGUAUAUAGAGCAUAAUACACGAACAUUUAAUGAGCCUGGAAGCCCUAUUGUGAAAUCUGCUAAAUUUGUGACUGAUCUUCUUCUACACUUUAUAAAGGAUCAGACUUGUUAUAACAUAAUUCCACUCUACAAUUCAAUGAAGAAGAAAGUUUUGUCUGACUCUGAGGAAGAAGAAAAAGAAGACACUGACGUGCCAGGAACUUCUACCCGGAAAAGGAAGGACCAUCAGCCUAGAAGAAGAUUACGUAACAGAGCACAGUCUUAUGAUAUUCAAGCAUGGAAAAAACAGUGUCAAGAAUUGUUAAAUCUCAUAUUUCAGUGUGAAGAUUCUGAGCCUUUCCGCCAGCCAGUAGAUCUUCUUGAAUAUCCAGACUACAGAGACAUCAUUGACACUCCAAUGGAUUUUGCUACCGUUAGAGAGACUUUAGAGGCUGGGAAUUAUGAGUCACCAAUGGAGUUAUGUAAAGAUGUCAGACUUAUUUUUAGUAAUUCCAAAGCAUAUACACCAAGCAAAAGAUCAAGGAUUUACAGCAUGAGUUUGCGCCUGUCCGCUUUCUUUGAAGAACACAUUAGUUCAGUUUUAUCGGAUUAUAAAUCUGCCCUUCGUUUUCAUAAAAGAAAUACAAUAACCAAAAGGAGGAGGAAAAGAAAUAGAAGCAGCUCUGUUUCCAGUAGUGCUGCAUCAAGCCCUGAACGGAAAAAAAGGAUCUUAAAACCCCAGUUAAAGUCAGAUAUUGCUACCUCUCCAUUCUCUGCACCUACACGAUCAAUACCACCAAGGCACAGUGCUGCUCAGAUAAAUGGUAAAACGGAAUCCAGUUCUGUAGUUCGAACCAGAAGCAAUCGAGUAGCUGUAGAUCCAGUUACCAGUGAGCAACCAUCGACUUCUUCAGCAGCGAAGACUUUUAUUUCGAAAGCUAACACAUCUGCAGUGCCAGGGAAAACAAUUCUAGAGAAUUCCGUGAAACAUUCCAAAACCUUGAGUACUCUUUCAAGUCCUGGUCAGUCCAAUUUUAGUCAUGCCACUAGGAAUAAUUCUACAAAAGAAAACAUGGAAAAGGAAAAGCCAGCCAAACGUAAAAUGAAAUCAUCUGUGCUCUCCAAGACAUCCGCUCUCUCGAAGUCAUCAGCUGUCAUCGAGCAAGCAGAUUGUAAAAACAAUGCUCUUGUACCCGGAAGCAUUCAAGUAAAUGGGCACGGAGGGCAGCCGUCUAAGCUUGUGAAGAGAGGACCUGGAAGGAAACCUAAGGUGGAUGUUAAUACCAGCAGUGGUGAAGUUACACACAAGAAGAGGGGUAGGAAGCCCAAAAAGCUACAGUAUGCAAAGCCCGAAGAUUCGGAGCAAAAUAGCAUGCAUCCCAUCAGAGAUGAAGUAGUUCCUUCUUCAGCCUGCAAUUUUCUUUCUGAAACUAAUAUUGUAAAGGAGGAUUUGUUACAGAAAAAGAGUCGUGGAGGCAGAAAACCCAAAAGGAAGAUGAAGACACAAAAACUAGACUCAGAUCUCAUAGUUCCUACAAGUGUUAAAAUGCUAAGGAGAAGUAACCGAAAAAAGACAGACGAUCCCCUGGAUGAGGAAGAAGAGUUUGAGGAACUUAAAGGCUCUGAACCUCACAUGAGAACUAGAAACCAAGGUCGAAGGACAGCCUUCUAUAACGAGGAUGACUCUGAAGAGGAGCAAAGGCAGCUGUUGUUUGAAGACACUUCUUUGACUUUUGGAACUUCUAGUAGAGGACGAGUCCGAAAGUUGACUGAAAAAGCAAAAGCUAACUUAAUUGGUUGGUAACUUGCACCAAAAUAUUUUACUUCAAAAUCUAUAAAGCAGGUACAGUUAAGGAGUAUGUAGAACUAUGGCUUCUGCUUCCUUGCUGCUAUGACGGAUUAGGGAAUGUUAUGAUUUGAUUUGCAAAAAAAAACAAACUUACAAGACACUUCACUUCUUUAAAUGAAUAUAUAUAUAUAUAAAUAUAUACAUAUAUAUUUUAAAUGUUUGCUAUUUAUUGCCCUUAGGUAGGUUAUGCAUUUCAACAUUCAUUUCAUUUACUGUUCAAAACAAAGGAAAUUGAGGCUCUAUAUUAUAGAAUUCCCAAUUUAUUUCUGAAGAAGACAGUUCUGCUAUACUCUUAAGGAGCAUAAUAUUCCUAGUGAUAGAGCAUUUUAUGUUAAAAUGAAUUAUUUUUGACCAAGCCAGGUACAUUUCUGUUGAUACAGAAGUCUUGUCCCUAGGAGAACAGAUGUUACCAGAGUAGCAGUAAAUUAAGAAAUGUGUUUCCUCUAAAGAUAAAUAUAAAAUUCCCACCAUUUGAUACCCUGAAAAGUUUAAUUUUAAUUAUAGAAUGUUCAUUUACAAAGAAUCUAGAGGAGGCUUUUGCUGUAUUCCAUUUCUGCCAAACUUAAGAGAAAAUGUACUGAUGAAAAGGAGACAUAUCCACAUUGGAAAACAUUUGACUGUCUAAUUUUUCAGACCUUGAUUCUUAUGUCAAUCACUCAAUCUCUGUUUAUUGUGCCAAAGACUGAGAAUCAGUGCAGUGGAAAGCCUGUUUUUGACUGUCAGGACAGCAUACACUUUUUCAAUAUUGGAAAGGCUAUAUAUUAUUCUAAAGAGCAAGUUAUUAAAGAGUUAUGCUGAGGUGUAUCUUUUUUUGGUACUAAUAGUAGAAAAUAAUGCACUGGUGGGUCCUUUGACAGAGAUGUUUUAGAGAAAAUGUUUAAGUGGUUAAAGGAUUCAAGGAAAAUACAGGAAAAAGGUAUGGGAUUUGAUGUUUACUUGUUAAUCCGGAUUAAUGUCAUUUCUAAACUUUAGACAUAUCUAAUAGGCUAAAAUGACUUACAAAGAAAUGUGUCUGUGUGUGUAUGUGUAUAUAUUGAUAAAUGGGUAUAAUUAAAUAUAUAUACAAACACAUACUUAUAUACUAUUACCCAGGUAUAAAUUCUUUUUUCAGGAUUUUUUAGAUAAUGGUAGAAUAAAAAUUUUAAAAUGUCAUACUUUAUAGUUUAAUUUUAAGGGGAAGAUUGGUUAUUUUCAAUUAUUAAAGGUUUAAAAAUAGGCCAAAUCACUUUUUAUGCAAUCAUGUUUUAUACAGUGGUCUCAUUGCACAUUGUGUUUUUCCUGCACUUUUUACGGUAUCCUUAUCACGCUGGUAUGUCAGUAUACACCCUAAAGAAAAAUUCCAUUUAAUGAUUGUGCCUUGUAUUCUAUUAUUUUUUGCAUCAUUAGUAAAAUUAAGUUGUCUAUUGUAAAUGAUAACUAUAUGACUUAGGAGAAUGUAUUGCUAUAUGUACUGCUAUGGAAAAGGAAAGCAGUUAUUUAUUUGUUUAUGGUACAGUUAUUUUAUACCUUAAAAACCAACAUAAAUACCAUUUCUAUUGUUUAAAGAUUAUUGUCCAUUUUUUUAAAAGUUUUAAAGAAUGUAGUAUUUUCUGAGGACUGGUAUGGUACAAAAAUGUAGCCAAAAUUUUCAGAUACUACAUUUUUAAAAAACGAGGUUGGGGAAUAUAUGUAUCAGCAUGACCCUGAUAUAGAAAAAUAAAGUCUUUAAUUGAACCUUGGCAAAAUACAUUACAUAAUUAUUUCUACAAUAUUUCUGGUAGGGAUAAAUGUUAGCUGUCAUUUGAUUGUCUUGAAAAAGGAUGGAAAGUGAUGCAUUUGGGCUUUUUAGAUUGUUUGUAACUAAAUUUGUACAGAAAUCCUCCUAUGAAAUUAAG